UGCCAGUGACAGCUUCUACCGGCAACUUCCAUACAUUGUAGAAUCCAUCUCCAGCCAAACGUAAACAUUGCCGCCGAAAAGCGCCGCUCCGGAAGCGAGAAUACUAAAUUUAUUUGUGAAAUAGUGUAAAUCAGAUCCCAACCGGACGUAGAAAGCUGUAUUCAGUUUAGAUUAAAUUUAGUUGAAGUACGUACAAGCUGGAAAGCGUACUAUUCGCUUGAAAACCCGCAGUUUUGUUAGUAAUUUCACACAUCGACCUCCAUCGCAUUGAGGUUAGAGUCCACCCAUCAAGAUGGACUUCAGCGCCCUUCUACAGCAGGCUCAAAAGCUGACACAUGAGACGCAGGUAUCGGAUGAUUUGCCCAGAGUGGAAAGAACACUCCCACAGGUCCUGCAAGCCACCCAGGAGCUGCAUUCUCGAGUAUCACAAACUGGAGCGCAGGAUAUGCAAGCACAUAUUCUGUUGGGACACAAAGGAAUAGAUUUGCCCAAAAUUUCCCAGAAACUAGAAACACUAAGCUCGAGAAAAACCUUUGAACCACUAGAUCCAAUUUCCACGACUGACAUUCAGAGCUUCCUGAGGAACGAGAAGGAGAACGCCAUCCUAUCGGUGAUCGAGGAAGUGCACAAAAAUUCUUACCAAGCGGCUCAGAAUCAAAAAUGGGAGCAUACGAUGAACGAUUGGAAGCUGGAAAAGGUAAAGCUGAUGAAUGCAUUGAUUGGUCCGUCGCAGAACUGGAUCGACAUCCGCAAGGGUCCGGAACCGACAAUCCUGAAUGAGAGCACAUUUGGGGGCCGCUCGUCGCUGAACAAUCAGGAAAUGGCCUACGCCAGAGAGGUUUACGAGUACAACAAGCUGAUCAGCGAAGGCGCGAUGAGACCUUCCCUGGUGCAACGAUUUGCUCACGUUGCGGAGAGUUUCAACGAUUCAAAGGUGAACGAUAUUUGGGAGAUUAUGAAGUAUAUGACGAAUGUGACUCCUAGCCCAAGAACACAGGAUCCGCUGAGGGUACGCUACACCCAGACGCAGUUUAUCGAUCAAGCCAAACGGUAUCUGGAGAAUCGUUACAAGUUGUUUAUGCAAACCGUUAUCUCGGAGCAUUUGCGCGAUGCCCAGCGGGGUGGAAUUCCAAGCAUUCUGAAUCUGGUGGGAUCGUUUGUGGGAUUGAAAUUUGCCAAUCAGAACAACUCCAGCUUCAUUGGACUACAGGAUGGACAUGUGGAUGGGAAACCUCUCUGGCCUAUGGUCUAUUACUGUUUGCGAUGCGGAGAUAUAUCGUCCGCUUUGAAGUGUAUGCAAUUGGCCGGUCCGGGUCACGAUGAUUUCAUAACGGUUCUGGAGGAGAAGUGUAGAAAUCCAACCCAGAAGAUAAAUCCCAAGCUGGAGCUGCAGAUUCGAAUGCAGUACAAGCGACAGAUCCGGAACGCUAUCGAUCCAUACAAACGAGCCGUUUACUGCAUCAUCGGAUGCUGUGACAUUCAAGAGCAACACCCGGAAGUGGCCAAGAGCUCGGACGAUUUUCUCUGGAUUCAACUGUCUUUGAUACGGCCCGAAUCGAGCGAUAACUCGGAACAUUUGACGUACUCCGGAUUGCAGGCUAUGAUUCUCGAACAGUACGGGGAGAAGCAUUUCAACGCGAACGAACAACCCCAUCUCUACUAUCAGGUACUUGCGCUGACCGGUCAGUUCGAAGCGGGCGUCGAGUUUUUGGCUCGUUUCGAAAAGUACCGAGCCCACGCGGUUCAUAUUGCGUUGGCCUUGAGCGAACUGCACAUGAUUGGGGGACCCAGAAAUCUGCAGGAACCGUUGCUAUCCGUCGACAUUGAAGAUCCCCAACCGAUGCGGAGGUUGAACAUCGCGCGACUCAUUAUGUUGUAUGUGAAAAAGUUCGAAAUCACCGAUCCAGCUGAGGCCCUGCAGUAUUUCUUCUUCCUGCGCAACCUGAAGGACACCGAGGGGCGCAAUUUGUUUCUGGUUUGCGUGUCGGAUUUGGCUAUCGAAUGUCGCGACUUUGAUUUGCUAUUUGGCAAAAUGCAGCGCGAUGGAAUCCGGUCCCGGGGACUUAUCGAUCAGUUCGAAAACAGCAGCAUUGACGCUAGAAUGGCUUGCGAGAUGAUUGCGGAGGAGUUCGUGAAGAAGGGUAUGUUCGAGGAUGCCAUCAAGCUGUUCGAUCUGGCCGGCAAUCACGAGCAAGCGCUGCGUUAUUCUUCCAUCUUGCUGUCCCAAGUUGUUCAUCAGCCCAACAAACCGGGCUCGCUGCGGGAGCGUUUGCAGCGGUGUGCGCUGGAAUUCACCGAACGGUAUGCGGGGGCCGAGAAAAAUUGUGACCCGCAAACUUGGUCGACGUUUAAUUUGUUGAAGGAAUUGGUUAUCUUUUUCGAUCACUAUCACAACAAAAAUUAUCAGCCCGCAUUGGAGGUGCUGGAGCGGAUUAAGUUGGUGCCCUUGAAAAUGCUGGACUUGGAGGCUUGCGUGCACAACUUCAAACGCCUUGGAGGAGAAGUAUGUAAAGUUAUUCCUGACUUACUGCUGGCUACCAUGGAUAUUGCAUACAACAAGUACAAAGCUCUAAAGGGGAAAGACGUUGUCAAAUAUGAUGAUUCUGGCAGAGAGAAGCAAUUGGGUUACCUCCGAGACCAAGCGAAGGCCCUCACCAACAUGGCUGCGACCGUUCCAUACCGAAUGCCCGGUGAUACCAACAAUCGCUUGGUGCAGACGGAAAUUCUCAUGCACUAAAGUUACGUCUGAUUUAUUCUGAACCAUUAUGCUCUAAACUAGGAGUAAAUAAAUUGUCGAAAAUAAUCAUAA